CGCGCCUGCGUGCGUGCGGGGUGACGUCACGCGCUCCCUCCGUGUGUGCGACGUGGCCUCUCGCCGGCGCAGCGACCCGUAACGGCCGUUAGGGACACGGGUAAUCAUGGAUCAAGUAAUGCAAUUUGUGGAACCCAGCCGUCAGUUUGUGAAAGACUCCAUACGGCUGGUGAAGAGGUGCACUAAGCCUGACAGGAAAGAGUUCCAGAAGAUUGCGAUGGCAACAGCAAUAGGCUUUGCAAUAAUGGGAUUUAUUGGCUUCUUUGUCAAAUUGAUCCAUAUCCCAAUCAACAACAUUAUUGUUGGCGGCUGAACAAUCAUCAGGGACUUUGGGACACUUGCUCCAAAGACUUCACAACAUUGUAACUUGUUUAAUAUUAAACAAGCUCAGAUGGGAUUUCAAA